AAAAAAAUUAAAAAUCUUUUAAAAAUUUUUUAAUUAAAAUCAAAAUAGAAGGAUAUUAAUUAUUUGUAAACUAGAAGAAUAACAAUUAGAAACAUGAGCCUUAAGAUAUAUAGAUAUGAAGUUGAUGAAGUUGGAAAAUACAUAAAAAACUCUAAGUUAAAGUAUUUAUGGGAUUUCGAAAUAAACGGGAGAAGGCAUUUAGUCAUAUUAGAGUACUCAAAUUUUUCUUCAAAAAGAAGAAUAAUGGUUGAUGGCUUUUUGAAAUACGAAGAUGAUAAUGCAAAUUCAUCAAUAUUUUAGCAUUAGUUCUUUUUAGAAUAAAAUGAUUGCAACAUCAUACAACAAGGAAAUACAUAUGAAUUUAGAAUAAACAACAAAGUUUUUUCUCAUGAAUACAACACAUAGAAGUAGAAAAGUUAGUUUAAGUGGGAUAACAAAGAUGAAUUUGAAGAGUUUAGAAUAGAUAAUGUCGAUAAGAAUGAAUUCCAAAAUAACUAACUUCAACAACAAAAAGUUAAAAUGAAUUUGAAUUUGGGAAAGUCCAGCGGCAAUAAUAACAGCAACUUGAACACUAAAAAUACAAGUAAUAACAGUAGUGCAAAUAAUGAUUUUAGCAAAUUCUCCUUUAGCGAUUUCGGAAAUAAAUCAACAAACAAUAGCAAUAACAAUAGUAAUAACAAUAACAACAAUUCUUUUGGAGCAUUUGGAACUUUACCUCAAAAAAAUACAAGCAAUUCAAAUAUCAAUUUUGAUGAGGGCUUUAGCAAUUUUGGAGGAUCUUAAAAGAAAAUUAAUGCUACAAAUUAAAAUGAUUAAAAAGGCUUUGAUUUCUAUUCAAAUUAGUCAAAUUAAAAUGAAAAAAAUUCUUAAAAUAAUUAGAAUAGCUCAAAUGAAUUUAACUUUUUCCCUUCUCAAACAAACAUCACUUCAGCUUCUUAAAAAAAAAUAGAAAUCUCUCCUCCUAAAUCAUAAGGUUAGAUUUAAUAGCCUUCCUCUACUUAGGUUUAAACUUAAUAAGCUAAAUAAUUAAAUUUACUUGACAUGGAUGAUGAUGAACCAACUACCAAUUCUACUAAUGUAACAAACUAAGUAGAAUAAAAAACUAACUUUGACUUCUUUGCUUAGCCUUAAAAUUAAAAUAUAUCCUAACCAUAGACUUCAAUGCUCCCUUAGAAUUAAACAAGCAACUUAUAUUAAUAAAAUAUCUAGCAGCAAUAACCUUAGUAAUUUAAUGGAUUUAACAAUAAUUUCUAAUAAUAGCCUCAAUAACAAAUUAAUACUUAAAACUAACAAUACUAAUAGUAAGGAUUUUACAAUAAUUAAUUUGGAUAAAACUAUUAGCAAUAAUAGGCAGCUUACUCUUAAUAAGCAUAGCAAUUUUAAUAAUUUAACUAAUUUUAAUAGAAUUUCACUGCAACUCAACCCGCAUAACAAUAAUUCUAGUAGCCAAAUGUAGCACAAUCUAACUAAUUUACAUAAAAUAGUAAUAAACAAGCUAAUGCUAUUGAUUUACUGGAUUUCUGA